AAAUGUCAUUAGUCGGUUCUGGCACCUUAAUUGUCAAACCUCUCAAAGCAAAACUAACUCACGACACUGAAUUCCUAGGCAAAAUGGAUCCUUAUUGCAGGGUCACUCUUGGUAAUUAAAGACAAAGGACAAGAGAACAUACAGAUGCAGGUACCAGAAAUAUUCAUAUAAAAGGAAAGCAUCCUUCAUGGAAUCAAUCAUUAAGCUUUAGACGUACAAAUGAAUACAUAGCUGAUAUCCAAAUUUGGGAUGCUGAUGAAGUAACUGAAGAUGAUUUAGUUGGAGAAUGUUCCAUAGCCCUAUAACCAUAUUUGGUAGAUAUUCCUAAACCAGCUGAAUGGAUCAACUUAAGUUACAAAGUAAUUUAAAUAAUAUUUAAAAACUCAGGGAAAAUCAGCUGGAUAGCUAUACAUUGCGUUUGAAUGGUUUGCUGAUUCAAAAUAUUAACCGUAAGCCUAAAUCCCUUCAAAUCCACAAUAUUAUCAAUAAAAUAAUGUGAUCCCAAUGCAACCUCCAGGAGCUCCUUAUUAUCAAUAACCAUACAAUUAAUAAAUGCCCUAUUAGUAACCUCCCAAUUAUCCAUAAUAAUAAGUUUAAUAUCCCUAACCACCACCCUAUUCUUAACCAGGCUUCUAAGGAGGAUAUCCAUAGAAUCAAUAAUAAAAGUAUCCCCAGUAAGGCUAUACGCCUAAUUACCCUCCUAACCCAUAUUAGCCAAAUCCACAACAAGGAUACCCACCCUAACAACCUCCAAAUUAUCCACCAAAUUAACCCCCUGGUUAUCCUCCAAACUAACCACCUAAUUACCCACCAAAUCAACCACCAAACUAUCCACCAAAUCAACCACCUAACUAUCCUCCCAAUUAACCACCUAAUUAUCCACCAAAUCAACCACCAAACUAUCCACCCAAUUAACCACCUAAUUAUCCUCCAAAUUAACCACAAAACUAUCCACCAAAUCAACCACAAAAUUAACCACCAUACCCACCAUAAAAUUAAUAAUAAGGAUAUCCAAAUUAUGCCUAAACUAUGUAAAAUAAUCCUUAAGGAUAUCCAAAUCAAAAUUAAGCACCAAAUCCUAACAAUUAAUAACCUCCUAAUUAUCAAGGAGGCUAACCUUAAAACUACCCUAAUAAUUAAGCAUAGGGUGGCUAUCCAAAUAAUCAAAUGCCAUUAAAUUAAUAAGCUUAGACCUUACCACUAGGGCAAUAAUAUCCAAGCUUACCUCCUCUCAAUCAGCCUUAUCCUAAUGUUCCUCCUGGCUAAUAACCUCCUCCUCAGCCAAAUUAAGUGCCUCCUCCACCUCCAGGUUAAUAAUAACCACCUGCAUUUUAUCCUGGCUAAACUAUGCCAAAUUAACAGUAUCCAAUGAAUUACGACCCAAACAAGAUACCUAAUCCAAUGGGCAAUUGAAGCAUUC